GGGUGCUUUGCAACUAUGGCGGAAGUUCAGAAACGUCAGCAUGUGCGGGUUAAAGGAAAAGAUCACGGUAAACCUCUACCAAACAGUGAUGAGGGCUCGGGGAUGGCGGAGCAAUCGUUAACUGUGUUUUUAAAGCUUGUAGCUGCUGGAUUUUAUGGGCUGAGCUCGUUCAUUAUCGUGGUAGUGAAUAAAAGCGUCCUGACGAACUACAGGUUUCCAUCCUCAAUAUGUGUGGGCCUGGGUCAAAUGGUGGCCACAGUGGUCGUGCUGUGGGUGGGAAAGGCACUCGGGGUGAUCCACUUUCCAGAUUUUGACAUAAAUAUACCUCGAAAGACCUUUCCUCUACCUCUUCUUUAUGUCGGGAACCAAAUCACAGGACUGUUUGGCACAAAAAGGCUGAACUUGCCCAUGUUCACAGUCCUAAGAAGAUUCUCCAUCCUUUUUACAAUGUUUGCUGAGGUCAUGUUAUUAAAAAAGAAGUUCUCCCGCCCAGUCCAGCUGACAGUAAUUGCAAUGAUAUUUGGAGCGUUUGUAGCUGCCAGCACUGAUCUUGCCUUUGAUCUCGAAGGAUAUGUGUUUAUCCUUUUGAAUGAUGUUCUGACGGCAGCAAACGGAGCAUAUGUGAAGCAAAAGCUAGACUCCAAGGAGCUGGGGAAGUACGGGCUUCUGUAUUACAAUGCCCUGUUUAUGAUUGUUCCAACACUGGUACUUGCUCAUUUAACUGGGGAUGUACAGAAGGCUAUGGAGUAUGACGGCUGGGCAGACACGGUGUUUGUCUUCCAGUUUGUUCUGUCUUGCGUAAUGGGGUUUGUUCUUAUGUAUUCUACAUUCGUUUGCACACAGUACAAUUCAGCACUUACAACCACAAUAGUUGGUUGUAUAAAGAAUAUAUUAGUUACUUACAUUGGCAUGGUGUUUGGAGGGGACUACAUUUUCAGCUGGACUAACUUCAUUGGCUUAAAUAUCAGCAUUGCUGGCAGUCUGGUAUACUCGUACAUCACUUUUACAGAGGAGCAAUCGAGCAAAACAAGCGAAGGGACCAGCAAAGUGGAAAUCAAAGGGAAGAUAGCUGUAUGACUUUAAACCAACUGACUGAGCUGUAACCAUGUGAAAACUAGCAACAACAAAUCCACACUUAUCAAGUGCUUGAGGACUUUUCCUGAAGCGUUGGGGAAAUGGUAACUUGACUCUUCUCCGGGUCACGGAGCACAUUUAGGAGUUUGAAGUUCAUGGUAUUUCUCUUAGAGGUCCAAUUUUAAAUAGUAAAAGAUGCACAACACUUAAGAAUAGUGUGUAGUUGGAUGCAAAAAAGAACUUUGAACACUAGUUUUAUGGUGACCAUUUCCCUUGACUUAAUUCUAGAAAAACAGUGUUAAAUAUAAAUGCACUUUUAUCUAAUUCAGUUUUGAAUGCCUUUUAAUUGAUUGGCCUGGUCAAAAUGUUAACAAAAUAACAUUUAAUUAAAAUGGAGUAUAAAUAACCUUCAGUAGGAGUUGACAGUGUCACCUUGUGGAUGAAACUGUUAAUACACUACUAUUUUUAAUGGAAAUUUCAAUGUCUUCUAGAAUUUUGAAAUCUCAAUACUAUGUAAACCCCUAAUCAGUUCACGUCAUUCUACAUUUAUUUUUAAAAGGCAAAUGCUUGUAGAUAAAGCACCUUUAAGUGCCAAGUGAUCAAUGGUAAAGCUUAACAUGUCUGUUGUAAAGGGUUUUAAAAACUUGACUACCCAUUUUUAGUAAAUGUAAUUGCUUUUUAAAGAAUCCCUAUUUCUGAUCAGGUUUCAUUUUUCUUGUUCUGCUUGGUCUGUCAGUUUUUAAAAGAGGUGCAAAAACAAUGGGUCAAUUUUAAAAUUCAUUCAGAUUCUUUGUACGUGUGUGUGUGUCUAGUUACUCCAGUAGACUUUGUUUGUUUUGUUUGUUUGUUUGUUUGUUUGUUUAGCUUCAGCCCCCACCCCGGCCAUUCCUGUCCCAGUUUAAUGGGUGUCAUUUUAGACCAGGCUUAAAGCUUAAUGGGUUCAAUUCAUUUUGAAGGUGUGCUCACCUUUUCCUAUAUCAUUGGUGAAGAAGGAAGGUUUAAUGGAGCUGGGGGCUUGUCUAGGCUAUUUCUGUCACAGGUUCAUCUUUCCUGGUCUGGUUCCAUUCUGAUUGUGUUUGGUGUAUAAGCUUUUAAUUCUUGUCACAUUAUGCAAUGAAACCUGACAAAUGCUGCCAUGCUUUUAAAUGGAUUGUCGGGUCACAUUUUUGAUCUAGGAGAAGAUCAGAUAUGUAUAGAUACUGAAGUGCCUGCUUUAUGCAAACAAAUACAAUUCUUGUUUCUGUGUUGACAACCCUUUCUUUUAAAGGAUACCAAGUUGCUCACAUUUAUACUUUUUAUUGACUUUUUCUUUUUUUUUCUUUUUUUUUUUUUUUUUAAUAGCUGUGUCGAUUUUGGGAAUGUGUUAGAGUUAGACCUUUUAAAAGAACAAUGUGUUUGAGUUUACAUAUGAAAUCAGCAAAGGCUGCCUGUCUACAAAUGAUUGUAUUUGUGCUCAUUUUAUAAAUGUAUUUGAACCUGUAAUGUACUUCCUCUAUACAUCCCAGGUAUAAAACAGUGAGGUUACUGGACUAACGGCAGAAAGAUUGUAGUUUAAUCCAUUGUUGAAUCAAGAUUCCUCCUUUCUGCACAUCCCCGACAGUACGUUAGUCCACAGAUGUGUGGUUGUGUCACAAUGGCUAAUGCACACGCCAUGUACCUUUUAUUAUGAUGGGUAUUUUAAGGGGAUGACAUUAGACAAAACCUUGUCUGCUUGUUUUACCUUUAGAAUUGUGAUUGUGUGUUUUUGAAGUUCUGGAUAAAUCUGAUGUGUUUUUACACAAGGGCAGUUCCACAAAUUAGGCAUCCUCAGUCAAUUUCAAAAUCACCCCAUUACAUAUGGGGUGUAAUUUUGAAGGCAAUUCUCUAGUUUUUAGAAAUAUGCCAUUUAUGGAAUAAGUCGACGGUUUGACAAACAUGAAACUGAAUGCAACCCUAUCAUAAUUGGCAACAUACAAAUAGCAUUAUUUUCCCUGAGUUACAUACAAUCAAGGGGGAAGAUUGCUUCUGUUUUAUUGAUAAGGGUCUGCUACAAGUACAUAUAGAAAAAAUGUGUACAUAAGUCCUCAAAACAUUUAGCUAUUUUGAUACCAUCACAGCGUGGAUGAUGAAGCCAGUAUGUCUGACAACAUCGUACUUUGAUCAUUUCUACUUCUGAAGGUGGACACGUUAUUUCUGUCUGAAUUACAGUACUAAUUAGUUGACAUGCCACGCCUACAAGCCACUUCAUGAUUAAACUAGUGGUUCCCCACAUCUUUAGUGUGUGAAAUUGUGGAGCUGCCCUCAAGUAGAAUCUACUUGUGAGGACUGCAGGGAAUAUUAUCUGGGGAGGAAAGAAUGGUUUAUUUUUCAUAAAUUGCAUUUUUAAAUGUUUAAUUCCAAACCCUACUGCUUUUAUACCAGAUUAUGCUGGUUGAGGGAUGUAUAGUCUGAGGCACAAGUUUAAAAAGGUAACUUUGAAAUGGGAAAACAGUAGCAUUUUUAUACAUGCCACAUUAUGUAUGUAUGUAUGUAUGUAUGUACACAGUGAAGCUUUUCAUAUGCAGUUAAAGUAUUUAUUUUAACACUGUACACUAAAGAUUCUGGGUAUUACAAAUAACGGCUUGUGUUUUUUGUAGAGGAUGUGUAUAAAUCGGAAGCCUCGUCACACAAAGUGCCAGAUAUCUUUGUACGUACCGUGCAAGAAACAAAUAAAAAAAUGGUAACAGUUUGAAA